CACAUUCGUGAUGGAUGAAGAGAGAGUGAUCUACAGAUCUGAUUUAGUCGACACGUCCUUCAUCUCGCGCUACGCGCUGAAUCAAAACGGCGUCGCGCGGAGGUGGACUUGGGUGGAUCGGACUCGCGGAUGGGUGAUCUACUUCAGCUUGCCCUCCGAUAUCUGCGACAAUUACGGACUCUGCGGCGCGUAUGGCAGCUGCGACGUGGCAGGCUCGCCGUCGUGCAGGUGCCUGGACGAGGAGCGGUUUGUGGCGCGGGACCGUGAGGGGUGGGUGAGGGUGGAUUGGUCGGACGGCUGCAUGGGGAGGACGAACUUGAGCUGCGACAGGAGUGAUGUGUUUGUGAGGUAUUCGAGGAUCAAGCUGCCCGAUGCUCGGGAUUCGUGGCAUGAUUCGUCGUUAACGCUUGAUGAGUGCAGAGCAGAGUGUUUGAGGAACUGCUCCUGUAUGGCGUACGCGCAGCUGGAUAUAAAAUUGAAGAUUGGAUGCUUGAUUUGGUAUCAUGACUUGAUUGAUAUUAGGACUCUGUCUCAAGAUGGACAUGUUUUUUACGUGAGGAUGGCUGCUUCUGAGGCUGAGGCUGAGGCUGUGGCUGUGGCUGAUUCUGGCGACAGAAAGAAACGGGAUAUAUUGAUAGCCAGUUUGGUUUCUGGGUUGGGAGUUGUUGCUUUAGUCCUGGCUUUGAGUCUGUAUGUAUGGCGGAGGAAGAUGAAGAAUUACAAAACUCCCAUGGGAGAAGGAAAAUAUGAGAACCAGUCGGAUUUGCCAUUUUGGGAGUUAUCAGUAAUUCUCAAAGCCACCAAUCAUUUUUCAUCCACCAAUAUGCUUGGGGAAGGGGGAUUUGGCCUUGUUUAUAAGGGCAAGUUGGAAGGAGGGCAAGAAAUCGCAGUGAAAAGGUUAUCAAAGGAGUCGAGGCAAGGGCUGGACGAACUCAAGAAUGAAGCCAUCUUCAUCUCUAAACUUCAGCAUCGGAAUCUUGUUAAGCUUCUCGGAUGCUGCAUCCAAGGGGAAGAAAGCAUACUCAUCUAUCAAUAUCUGCCUAACAAAAGCUUAGACCUAAUCUUAUUUGAUGAAACAAAGAGUACAUCUCUUGACUGGCAAAAGCGCUUCGACAUCAUCAAUGGGAUUGCAAGGGGGCUCUUGUAUCUCCAUCAAGAUUCUCCCUUGAGAAUAGUACACCGCGACCUCAAAGCCAGCAACAUCUUGCUGGAUUCUGAGAUGAAUCCCAAGAUAUCAGACUUCGGAUUGGCAGGGAGUUUUGGAGGGAAUGAGACUAAAGCUCAGACGCAUCGUGUUGUUGGAACAUAUGGAUACAUGUCACCCGAGUAUGCGAUGGAUGGCAUGUUUUCAAUAAAAUCAGACGUGUUCAGCUUCGGCGUGUUAGCGCUAGAAAUUGUGAGUGGGAAGAAAAACAGAGGAUUUUCCCACACAGACCACAGCCUCAACCUUCUUGGUCAUGCAUGGACAUUGUACAAAGAAGGGAGGUUGGCCGAGCUGGUGGACACGUGUCUAAACGGAGAAUUUGAGUAUGCAGAGGUGGAAAAAUCGAUAAAAGUAGGUCUGCUAUGUGUGCAGCAGAAUCCAGAAGAUCGGCCAAAGAUGUCGAGUGUGGUGUGGAUGUUGGGGAAGGAAGGUGAGAUUCCGGAAGCAAAGCAUCCUGGUUUCUUCACAGAAAGAAAACUAGUUGGUGGUGAAGCUGAAGCUGAAGCUGAAGCAUCAACCAAUGAUAUCACUAUUACCAUGCCACACCCCAGAUAGACACCAUACAACUGAUGGAGCUGGUAUAAUCUUGCUUCUCAUUGUCACUAUAUUUCAUUCUUCGAUCCAAUCUCAUUUGGCAUCACCCAAAGAAAUGAUGCAGCUGCUUCAAAGCACCCACCAUACCAAAUGUGUUUCGAUGAUGAUUAGCUGAUAAGUUUAGUGCAUGUUUGGUAGAGUAGAUAACUCAUCUAGGGAUGAAAUUUUAAGAACAAAAAUGACAUUUUUGUUCAUAGAAUUUCAUCCGUCAUUUUUGUUCUUAGUAUUCAUCCCUAGAUGAGUUAUCUACCUUACCAAUUAAGUUUUAAAAAAAAUCAAAUAACUGUUAUACUACUAUGUACCUCAUUAUUUUUUAUUUGGUAAUUUUUUUUGAUAAAUGAAUAGAAAUUUGUAAUGGCCAUGCCGUUGUAGGCUCAGAAUUGGAAUCUUUGGUCAAGGCAUUAACCACUCUGCUGCUUGGC